CUAUUCGGCAAACGACGCCGGAGAAGUGCGUCACAUCGCGAAUCCGCGUGCUGCUCGUUUCGAAUUUCUUUCGAUCCACGGAAAGGUGAUAUUUGGUGCUGCGUUAAAGUCCGCACGUGCUAUUCGAUUUUGAAUGCGACUGCUCAGAUUUUACGAUCUGUGAAUUGAAAAAUUCACACGAUUCAUCACUAUUGUGAUAAUCGGGAUUCGAAAAUUGUUCGAUUUGUCGAUCGAAUGAAUCAAACGGUGUUUUAGCACCGAUGCUGAAACUAUGCCACACGACGGUCAUUAACUGUUCAAAUUUUCAUCGCGAACUCGAUUACAACAAUCGCACAACGCGCGAAAUUGUGCGUUACUCAAAAGUUAUAAGAAAACACGAGAAUUGCGCUAAACAAUGAUAUGGUUUCUAUAAAUUAAAGGCCGCAAUUGUAAUACGUACAUUCGACCAUUCGUGCGGUCAUCGAGUGGAUUUCGGCGAUCAAACUAAAAUGUUCAUCUCGAAAUGAUAAAACCGCCCCGAAUUAAUUAGCGGCCAGGCAUAAAAUUCAUGGAUUUCAACUCGUAGAGGAUCGUGUGAAUUGCAUAGGCAUUAUAUGUAGAUGGUUGUUGGUGAAAAUUUAUACAGUCCAUGUGAAACGUGAAUUCGAAACGAUAUGAAUGAACAUCGUUAAUCGAAUUUAAGAGCGAAUCGAUUCCAAUUAAUUGGAAGACCGUAACCAAAUGUGCUAAACUUUCAGCACUGUAACUUCAACAUAUGACUACCCUCGGAAAAAUAAAUUCGUGAUUUUUGAGUUGAAAGUGUAAUUAAUACCGGCAUAAAAUUAAAUCCAUGAAGAUGUCAUCAUCGGUGAAAUUAUUCAACCCUCAGAAUCAUUGACGAAGAGGUUCAGACAGACACUCGAUUGGUGUGGAGUGAAGAAUCGGUGUUGUUUUUUCAACGCCAUGUAUUAGAAAAUAUCAGACGACAAUUAUCGUACAAGUGCGACUUGAAGAAGUACCACCAGCUAUGAUGUGUGAUAAAUUUUUGAGUGAACCCAACCGAGUGUAAUUCAGUGACUCGAAGUUUGGCGAAUCCCGAAAAAUUUCCACCGACCAUUGAUCGCGAGGUUGACAUCAACGCACGAAGACCGCAGGAUAUAUUCGCAGAUGAUUGUGUUGGAAAUUCAGUGCAACCACAUUUUUCUCGAACCCGAGGAAUUCAAAAUUGCCUUCGGAGACGGCGGAGUGCGACGAAGGACAUCCCGAGUUUUUUGAUUAGAUAGAGCGGGAGAAACGAAGAGGGAAAAAGUACAGGAAGUCUCAACGAGACUCUCUUACGUGGGAGUUAAGGAAGCUCGAAGUGUGGGGGGUGAAGAGAAAAAUUCGUUGCCUCGAGCGAAAACCUCUUUUAGGGUUGAGGAAAAUAUAAGCAAAUUACCGGCUCGCGGCCGCCCAUACUAAUCACCUUUCUAUCCCACCCUCCUCUGCAAGGCUAUCCAAGCGGUGAUGAAAUUGGCCGUAUGAAAGGACCUCCGUCCCUCCAAGCAACCUGCGCGAAUACAGAUUAACGCGCUGCGAAAGAAAAAAACAAAAAUUCGUAAGUACGAAACAAAUAAGAAAAAAUAUGUAUGCAUACUGUGGGAAAUAUUCAUAAUUCCACCGCCAUUCUGGUUCUACAACUCCUCCCAAAGGAGACGUCAACAAGACUGCUUGUACCACCGCUGCUGCUCGCUACGAUUCUGAGUCUAGUAAAAAAUACUCGCGAAGUAGCCCCAGGAGUGAAACCAUCCCGCAGCUGUCGUGGAGGUAGAAACAGAUCGUAAAGAUAGCGACGCCGUAAUAACUGGAGAAUAUAUACGCACCAUCUUCCGUGAUCAAAAUGAAGUAUAGGCAGUUUUACGAAAUAGAACUGCGCCGUCUUUGAUUGGAAAUCGAUGAGACUUUCGGAAGUAAAGGAAACUAAUAAUAAUAAUCUGAAUAAUAAUAGGGGAGAUCGUCAAAGUCGACGGAGGGAAUGUUACUUUUCGUAUUUGAUGUGACCAAUAAUGGCACCGUUCUCCAUAUCUGUGCGGGAGGAUAUUUUUGGUAAGAAUUUUAGGUUGAGAAUAGCUGGAUUUAUGAUAAUAGUGUCACGAGGUCACAGCGGAACGCCUAGAGAUUAGAGUUCUCCCGCGAUAAAUGCCAGACAUUAAAGAAGAGAGAAAUAUCUCUAUCAGUCGGCGGACGGAGGAAGAGUCUCUGCAGCGACAAAUGUAACAGCGGGAGGGUGGAAAAAUGGAAAAGGAUACUGGCCGCCAUUACAGGGCGUACGAGGGGUUUAAGGCCGCUAAUAACGGAAACACGUCGUCGUUAAAAAGAGGAGCUGAACUUCCGCAGUCUGAACAGAGGCCAAUAAAAUGCCUCUGCUUCGGCGGAGUCCCGGACAAGGCGAGCCACCAUUCCUUCUUAAAAGGCUUCAUGAUAAACUUGGGAAUAUGUGCGCUAUUGGUCGCGUACACUCUCUUGGGCGGUUUUAUAUUUCUCGCCAUAGAAGGUGGCACCGAAAACUUGCAUCAACGAACAUUGGCGACAACCAUUGCCAACAAUAAUCAACCCAUGAGACGAAACACCACGGCGUGGCUGAAGCAGGUCAGUCACGAAGCUCGUUCCAGGACGGUAGAGAAUAUCUGGGACUUUACAGUAGAGUUGAAUAUUCUCUAUCGCGAGAACUGGACUCGUUUGGCGGCUCAAGAGAUCGCGAGGUUCCAGGAUCAGUUGAUGAAAAGGAUAACCGAAUUGGAAAUGAUCGUCACACAGAAUGCCGGUUCCAUCACCCCUGCACAAAAACACGAUGGUGUCACCGAACGGAGGGUUCCCGACUAUGAAUGGAAUUUCGCAAAAGCAUUCUUCUACUCCCUUACCGUACUCACAACAAUCGGUUACGGAAGCAUCGCUCCCAGGUCAACUUGGGGAAAGGCUGCGACCAUGGGGUACGCCACAUUGGGAAUUCCCCUGACCCUCGUCUAUCUCUCGAGUGCUGGGGGACUUCUGUCCAGAUGUGCGCGAGGCGUUUUCACCAGAGCUCUUUGCUGUUGCCUCUGUUCGAAUUGCGGAUACUGCUGUUACGACGAAAGAAGAAUGCAGGAAAAAGAGAGACGCAUGAGAAAGAAACGACAGCAAGAAGAACUGGCCCAACAACAGCAACAACUCCAACUGCAAGAACCGUUUUACGUCAGAGCAAACGCUUCGGCUCUCUCGAACGCAGUUGAGGUGAAGACAAGCCCUAAAGACGAAGUGUCCAGUCUUGGCUCAGGGGAUCGGCCGAAUGUCACCAUACUAGCCCCGAUCAGCAUCUGCCUCGGUGCCAUGCUCUGUUACAUCAUAGCUGGAGCCUUCGCUUUACAUAAUCUCGAGGAAUGGGCCUUCAUAGACGCUUGUUACUUCUGCUUUAUGAGCCUCAGCACAAUCGGCUUCGGAAAUAUGGUUCCAGGUUCCUACCCUCGCUACAUUCUUAACGAUUCCCGUAACGUAACGGUGUGGUUUUGCUCCUGUUAUAUAAUGUCAGGAAUGGCGUUAACAGCUAUGUGCUUUAACAUUCUCCACGACGAGAUCGUGCAUCGACUGAAUCAUCACAUCGAGAAACAGGAACCUGUUAAAGUAACUCAGAGUGUUGACGAACUGGUCACCGAUCCCUUCUCCUUGACCUCGUGACAAUUUCCGGCUAGUACACUUUGUCACAGAAACGUCACCGAAGAGACACUGUGCGGCGACACCCCGACUAGCAUAUUCACUCAUGAAAAUGACAUUAACAUUUUGAAGGACUCGUACAACCAGGUCGACGUAACUAGGGAUUGUCAGCCAGGUUUGAAACUCGAAGAACAAUUGCUUCCGAUUUCUGCGGUCUACACUCUUCCGGAAGUCGACGAGGAAGCCGAAGAAAACACGGAGAUGUAAACCAUUAAAACGUGUGACGAUUAAGUCUUCGGAUAUUCUUUCGGUCAUCUCCGGCUCUGCGUAUCUAAAUUUCAGUGCCGUGUUGAAACUGUCCAGUUUUUAAGACAUCAUUUGUAAAACGGCUCAAAAACUGUGGCAACGUACGAAUGUUUUUUGUGGCUCACUUGCAUCUAUUUCAUUUUCCGCCCUCACCUCCUACCGUUCACAUUCAUGAUAUUUACAAUAAACGCACAUUUAAAUAUCUACUGAACCAUUCACUAAAAUUUGUAGCCGGUGUGUCCAUCCCACGAAUCGCGCUAAAAGCCAAUCACAUUUAUUUCCCAUGAAACAUCAAACGUUAUGAAGUAUGCUGACACUUAUCCUAGUUUCAUUUUGCCGACGACUAUGAAUGCGUUUAUUACAAAGUAACGAAUCCAUUUCGCAAAUGAUGAAAUCCACGUGUCAGGGUUUCGCAAUAUAUUAUCCGAUAAUCGAACUGAUUCUCUUCCAAUUUUCUAGUAUUAACUGUACACGUGCACGCGCUGAUUGUGUACGUAAAAUAAAAAAAUUUUACGGUAUCGGAAAUGGCAAAUCUUCCACGAGAUUUUCAAUGAUUUUUCCCAACAUGUCAUGGUCUUGUCGAGCAAGGUAAUAUCGCCGCAGUUGAUUCAGUUUGGAUCCGUAGAGACAUAUGUCGUGAUUGUGAAAUAAAACCGUCCAAUUACUGCGACUUCGGAAAAUACGUAAGCGGAAAUUGCUGACAGACGUCAAAUCACGACACGAGACUUUAUUCGCAUUCGUCGGUUAUUUCUCAGUAUUUUCUUAUUCAAUGUUACUUCCCGUCGUCGUUCAAUUCUUUGAAUCGAUGUUCAGAUUUCAACGGAAUACAGGUUGUAUAUUCAUGCCUCUCAAAUACAGCGUAGUACAGCUCCAUUAAAUCUUGUGCCCAAAACAAAAAAAACGUCUAAUAACCUACAGCAAUUGUAUAUGAAUAAAUAAUAAUAAUUAUGGCAUAAUUGACGGGAUAAGAAGAAUUUCGCGUUUAGAAGGACUAUCCACGUUAUUGAAUAUUCGUAUGUUCGAAUUAAUGUAUGGUAACAAAUGAUAGGAUAAAAAUCAAACAUAUAUAUAGUUAUCAAAUAAUAGAGGCAGCGUAUGGAUUUUAUUUCUUAACAUAUCAUAAAUUAAGACACGAUAGUGUAACCGUUAAUUGUAUGUACAUAUACGUGGUAAGAUUGCAAAAGUGAUGUGCACGCGAGAAAAUGAAAAAAAAAAAACCAGAAACAAACUGACAAUCGAUAAUUGACGUUCAACGUGCCACUGCGAUUAAUGAAGUGACUAUGCUAAGAUAAAUUUGUAAAUAUUGUACAUAAACGAGAACAUUUAUGUAUGUGAGAGCGAAUGAAAUUGGACUGGGAAAGAACUGUGCGUAGAUAAAGCACGCGGAGUGCAUUACAUGUAAAAUUAACCUUUUCUACAUUUCGUCGAUAGGUUGAAAACUUAAUAGAAUUUAAAAAUAUUCGUACACUGAAUUCUGGUUGAUGAAUUUGUCACGAGUUAAAGAAUUCUCAUAUUGCUAAUCUGCACGAUUCACGUCCAAUUGCAGAUCGACAUAAUUGUAACGUCACAAAUCAAUUCCACAAAUUUGGCACACUGCGCCACCGUGCAAUGAACUGACCGUUUUGAGUGGCUUGUAAUCUUCAAUUAUCUACAAAGUAAAUAUAUCACCGAUGUUUUUAAUAAAUCAAAUCCAUUUAACAAUUGAAAAAAAAAAAAAUCAAUUCAAACCCCCAGCUCGAUGAAAAAUUAAAUGAAGUUUCUAUUAUAGCGUAGACAAAACUUGAAACUCUUUCCUUUUUUUUCUAUGUCACAAUUUUAAGAAUCCUACAAUGCAUCAACGCUGUUCGUCGUAAAUUCACUGUUAAAAAUAUAAUUUGAAAACAAGUUCGUGGGAUUGAUUUUUUUUAUUCGCAUCUAAAACGCCUUCCUUUAUCUAUCAGCACGAUCACAUAUCGCGUAAUUGCGGCCAUGGUUCUCAAGCAAUUUUAAAACUUACCUAUUCCCUCUCGCCUAUCAAAACCACAAUUGGUUCAGGUAAAAAACUUCAAUUGUCAACGCAAUUACGAAAGUGUCCGAAGAGUCAGAUUCGAUGCCAUGUCGUGGGUUAGACGGAAGCAUUUUUAAUGUUCUCACAGGAAAGACGAAUAAGUUCUUUGAAAAAUUUGUGGCCUCCUGAUAAUUUCAUGGAAAUUUCUGUGUAGCUGAUUGCGAUUAAUUUUCAUUAAUCAUUACAUAACAGAUACUUUCUCAAGAUUCUGGUUUCUCAUUACUUUAUUCUCCCCAGGGAAAUAUGAGAACUUGUAUAAGACCUUGCGGUCAGUUGCAAAACUUCCGUCGCCAAUUUCAGGGCGAAAAUUCCAAUAAAACUCCAUCCCCAAGGGGGUUAUUCUUCUUCAUACUUAAGACGAGAACUCUGCGUCUUUGUAAUAAUCAGAAUAAGAAUAUUAAUAAUAAUCAUAAUAAUGUAGAGAAUUGUCGACUAUAUUGUUUACCCCCCGAUUUUCCGCCUCGCAACAAUACGGGCGUUGUACCAACGGAAUCCCGAACACACCGAUAUCUGUCUCCACGCUACACCUAUGCAACAUACAUAUGUGUACGUUAUCCUUUCACCUACAUUGAAACAACAAAUCAAUAUAACGAGGGAAUUGUCUGAAUUGUUGUUGGUGAAUACGGCGCGCGUAACGACGAAGCUCGUAAAAAUAAUAUCCGUGUCACCCACCUUUGACAACCGGCAUCAAAUUCAAUGAUUGUUCAACCAGCGCUCUCGUUGGAAUUCCUCCAAAAAUCCAUGCGAAGAACUUUCUGGAAUUUUAUUGUGGACCGACUGUUAUUACUAUUCUUAUUCGACAUCAACGCGUUAUACUCGGGGAUCCAGUUGUCACCACCAUCGAGACGACGUACUUCCCGACUCACAAUCAGAUAUUACAAAGAUCACCGGGCAUUUUUUUUUUUUCUCCUGUGUAAUAAUAUUAACCCCUGUAGGACGCGAAUUUCGUUCAAAUAUUUGACAAUGUAGAUCCAGCCCAAUAUAUCAACACAUUUUUGUCGAUUUGUAUGGAAGCUUUAAACCUCAAAAUGCCAGCCCGUUAAGGGUUCAGUGAGAGCUGAAAAAGGAACGCGUAUAAACAACAAAAUGAGGGGAUAACAUAAGGACCUACUUCAAAAGUGAACGUAGUUCGAGGAAUGAAAAUUAUGUUGAUCAAGUGGCACGUUCUCCAAAGGUUCAAUAUUUAAAAUUGUUUUCAUUCCUGAGGGUUGAAUUUCCCAGAAGUGUGUAGAGUUUCUGUCAGAAGGGCUAAUUAUUUGUAAAUUCGAACAAUCAAUAAUACAUAACUCCUAGACGAAGUCGAAUCUUAUCAGGUCAGUUAAUCCGUGCGGAUGAAAUUUUCGAGUCGUUCGGUGUGUUCGAUUUGUCAGUUUUUCAACGAUAUAAUUACGUAUCCCCUCUCCGUGAGAGAUAAAUUAUCAAUUUUAUCAGGUUAAUUAUAGAAUCCUCCGAUUCGAUGAUGGAAUUACGUGCUAUUGGCGUGUCCGAAUUUCUACCGGUAUUCGGAAUUUAUCACCCUCGUGCGAUCACCAGCGUAUACAAUCAAAGGUCCAUCGAACGUAUAAUAUAAAUAGCAUAUUGAUUGAAACUUUAGUCACGUAAUUACCUUCACCGUGUGGAUCGGAUGAAAUAGCUCCGAGUGUCAAAUAUCGCGAUGCACAUGGUUUUAUAGUUAACGAGAGAUUCGCGCCAUUAAUGGGCUCGUAUAAUACACCCAUCAAAUAUUCAUACUCUAUCGAAAGCGCUAAAGUCAGUCUAUUACGUGCUUUGUGAAAAUUUCUAUCACGCCUUUGAAUAAUCAUCAUUGCAUAUCCAUUAACCGCACAGUUUUAUCCUAGAAUAUCCAAAAACUUUGUUCUAUCAACUUUACCUUUCCCCCUUCAAAUUAUUUCAUCAGGCGACGAUAAGUUUUGAUCGGAUUGGCACGAACUCGAUUGAUCAAUUAAGCUACUGAGAUCGUUGAGAUCGCAAAAUGUAAAAGUGACUGAAUUCAGGGGAAAUUUCUUUUCGUUUUUCUGCUGAACGACGAUUUUAUAAUCGAUGGAAAAAUAAAUCUCACAUUCUUCCCUAUUCGAAUUCCAUCUAUCGAAUGUCGUACAGCGUGUUGUAACCGAUGAAUUUCAGAUGAAAUUAAUUUGAGACGUUAAUUGUUGAGAAGCAACGACCGGUGAAAACCGCUUUUCAUCCACGAUAAAAAAAAAGGAGAAAAAAAAAACCGAACAAAACAAGAAUAAUAAAAUAACACCCAGUUGAAAUCUUUAUCGACACUGAACAUGUAAUAAUAACGAUGCAUAAAAAAUUUGCGAUACGACCGGCGAUGUUAUAACGUCUUGAUGUUAUAUCGUUGAUGAGUAUUAUACGGAAAUGUCGCCACGAUAGAAUCAUAUCGUAAAAUUAAAUGGCCCGUAGGGACAUUUAACUCCGAAUACUUACCUAGUUCCGGAAGGUUGAACGUAUAAAACUUCUUUUCACCGUUCUAUAUCAUUCUGAAAAAAACAAUUUCGAAAAAGUAAGAAAGAAAAAGACAGAAAUGGAAAAAAUUAUAGCGGUAAAAAAUGAUUAAUAUAAAAUAGAAACAUAAGGCGUUUGAAAUUUAUGGGCCUGUGAUGAAAAUUAUUCAACGGUCUGUAAAUCAAUUGUAUAUAUAUUUAAUAGAUAUUAAUUCUUAUGGCUGCCAUUGAUAAUGAUCGUAUAAAAAUCGGUCCAAUCAAUAUGUAACGAUGAUUAAUUUAUAAGUAUAAGUAAUUGAAGGUUCGAUUUGCUGAGUGAAAAAUAUGAGGAAGAAGGUCCCCGAAAGAAAAUAUGAACUUACUGCGCGCGUGUGCUAGGGUGUGCUGAAUCGCGGAGAUUCGUGGGGCUAUGAAUAAAGAUAAACUGAUCAGUAGUAGUACGAAUUGCGUGUAAUAAUUGUGUCAUAAUAAAUUACAGAUAAG